UUUAGCUGUCGAUCCAUCUCGCCCCGCUAAACUUACCGACGGUGAUAAAAUAAAAAUCGGCGAAUUAACCUCCAUCGAAGUCAAAAUUGAAGCAAUGAAAGUUGAUUCAGUUGAAGAAGCUGAGAUGAAGUGUAAAAAUACCCGGCGAAACCCUAGGCGUAAGGAAUUAGGGGUUUUAUAUGAAAAUUGCCCCCAAUUAGGGUUUGGAAAUGGUGGAAUUGAGAAUGUGGGUGUGGGUUCCAAAAGAACAACGAGGAGUUCUAAGAGUGCCGAAAAUGAGAAUUUAACUGUAAUUGAAGUUGAGAAAGGGAGGAAAGCGAAUCCGAGGAGGACUAGGGGUUCUAAGAAAGAGGAGAGUGUGAAAAAUAUGGUUGAUAGCGUGAUGGAAACUGAGAAUUUUACUGUAGUUGAUGUUGAAAGAGAGACAAAACGGGGUACACGGAGUAGGAAAGUGGAGAGUGUUAAAGAUGGGGAUGAUGAUGCGGAGGAAACUGAGAAUCUUGCUUUAGUUGAUGUUGAAAGAGAGACUAAAUGGUGUACGAAGAGGACAAGGGGUUCUAAGAAAGUGGAGAGUGUCAAAGAUGUGGAUGAUGGUGUGGAGAAAAGUCAGAGGCUUGCCGUGGUUGAUGUAGAGCAAGAGAGUAAACGGUGUACGAGGAGAACGAGGGGUUCUAGGAAAGUUGAGAGUGUUAAAAAUGUGGAUGAUGGUGUCGAGGAAACUAAGAGUCUUGCUGUAGUUGAUGCAAAUCAAGAGAGGAAACCGAGUCCGAGGAGGACUAGGGGUUCUAGGAAAGUGGUGAGUGUUAAAAAUGUGGAUGAUGCUGUGGAGGAAGCUAAGAAUUCUGUAGCAAUUGAUGUUGGGAAAGAGAAGAUAGUGUAUGUAAGGAGGACUAAGAGUUCAAGGAAGGAAAAAGAUGCAGAAAAUAUUCAUGAAAAUGCAGGUGAAAACAUGGAAUUGAAGCAACUUGAGAAAGGGAAGGGAAGUGCCGCAAGAAGGGAGUGUUUGGAGGAAGAGGGGUUGAUGGAGAGGUUGGAAAGAAACCAAAAAGAUCGUGAAGAAGCAGUAGAGAACAAUGCCGGUGAGGGAGUAGAAAGAAAUGUGAUUGAUGAGGUGGUAGUGAAAUUGGGAAGGGAGAGUUGCGAGGUUUCGGUUAGUAAUGCUGGUGUAAGUAUGAGUGAGGUCCAAGAGGAGAAGGAGGUGGAUUUAGAGAAAAUGACACUUGGAGAGUGGUUUGAUUAUUUGGAGGUUCAUUUGCCAAAACAAAUAAUUGAUGCCACCGAGGAGAUGAUUUUAGAUAUGAAACAGAAAGCAGAGAAGUUUCAGGAGUUCAUGUUGCAGCACAAGAAUGCAAAGGAUUGUGAUGGAAUACCAGAGGGCUAGACCGAGGACUCAUUCUUAGAGAUUUAGUCCAAUGCUCAGUGACUUCUCAAGUCCAAAGCAGGGAUACUUAUCAUUGGAGUUAUGCUUAUAUAGUUUAGGAGACAACAAAAGUCCAAAACAAUGUCUUGUGGGCAGCAAAAGUGGGACACUGACCUGUUAUUUCCAAUUUUAUUAUAAUAUUGAAUACAUGAGCAUUAGCGUUCCAUACUGUAACUGCAUACUGUAAAGUUAGAACCUGGUUUAGUAGAAGAUGUUCAACCUCAGAUGAGACAGUGGGAGGCCGGAGGAGGAAGCGCAAUACUGCUAAAGAAAAGUGUCCUACAAACUGAAGUGAGCAGAAUGUUAUAGCAAUACAUGAUCUGGCAGAUGGCAGUAUACUUACUGUUUCACCUGGGGUGAUGCUUCUGAUUCUAACAUUGGUUGGGCUGACCUUGAUUUUGGUCUCUCUAGCAUCUUUCUCAAAUUUGACGUGGAGUUGCAGAAUCAUCUAGUUGUCAAUACCAACAACAUGAACGAGUUAACAAAUAUAGACAAGUUUUCAGAAUCAUAACAAUAUAAUGGGUUUUGGUCUUUUGGAUGUCAAAAGGACACGUAACACUCCUCAUUCAGAUAGCAUGGUUCGAACUGUUAGCUUAUUCGUUCGCCCAUUUGUUCAGACGGUUUAAUUGGUUCUUGCGCAGGUUUCCAACCAUUCCAUUAGACUCUCCCAAGUAUCAUGGCAUUUAAAAUUGGCAAUUUAUCUUUUAUAAAUUUAUUUUUUCAGAUAAUA